UACAGGAUAACAACGGGGACGAUGCAUGAAAUGGCGACCGCCAAGAAGCUGACAGACAACCACCUGACCUGUGCCAUCUGUACUGAGGUGUUCACAGACCCUGCCACACUUCAGUGUAAUCACACAUUCUGUAAGUCCUGUCUUCUGAAAUACACCAAAACGCAGACUGAAGCAAUACAAGCCAAGUCCAUCCCAUGUCCGUCCUGUAGACAACAGACAAAUGUGACCAGCCCUGACAGUCCAGUGGAGGAGUGGGUCAGUCAUCUGAAACCAAGCCACGUCAUACAGAGUCUGAUGGACGAUUUGGGGGGAUCGUCAGAUGUUGAUGCGUGUAGCGUGUGCAAAGAAGAUGGCAAAACAACUCCAGGUACAAUGUGGUGCACCAUUUGUGAAGCUGUCUUCUGUGAUGGAUGUCUCAAAUUACACAAGAAGAUGCCUCUGUCACGUCACCACGAAGUGUUUGAUGUACGUAUCCGUGGCAACAGGAAACCCAAAGUACGCAGCUUCAUGUGCAGAAUUCACAAGGACGAAAAGAUAAAACUGUUCUGUAAAGACUGCAGAAUGACAAUAUGUACUGUAUGCUGCAGCAUCAAACACCGGAAGUGUGAUGAUGUUGAAACCAUAGAUGUCAUGAUGACUCUUGUUAAAGAAACUCUGGUCAAUGAAACAAGGAACCAAGAGAAGAAGAUACAAACUUACAUUGACAAUAUUUCAUUGACAAACUCGAAUAUUGAAAAGCUGACAACUAGUGCACAAGAAAUGAAAGAUGAAGUUAGGAAAGUACGCAUUGCAGCUACAGAUGUUCUUGUGAGAAAGGAAAAGGAACUGCUGGAUCGCAUCGACGAACUCACUGAGUCCCGUGUACAAGAACUGAAAGCCUACAGAAAGAGCAAAGAUAUUGACCUCCAGGUGGAACAGCAGUGCUAUGAGUUCACAGACAAAGCUGUGACGUCAGACUGUGUAGCAGAUAUGUUUGAUAUGUAUGAGUCUAUGGAUGGAGCAUCUAGAGAUGAAGAUGGAAGAGAGGACAAGAGACCACAAACAUCCAGCAUCAUCUUCCUACAUGACAUAGACAUGUUGAUGAGAUCUGUGGAUGAUGUGAUGCUGGGGGAAGUAAUAGUUGGUAGUGACCGGACGUCAACUCCUGUUCUCCUGGAAACAAUUGUUUUUAGUAGAGAUAGAAUAGGGUUGAUCGAUUUGAGUGAUGUUUUAGUAUGUGCUGUCGAUGGUAUCAGGGUAAUUACUGUGGUAGAUUAUUUGAAUUGUCGACUCAGUACGCAGUAUGUUCAAAACAAAACAUCCUUGAAGAAACAUCUCCAACUACCUUCUGGACCAGAGGGAAUAGCUAAGGUGGGUGGAACUAAGGCAGCUGUUACACUCCCAGACACACAAGAAAUAGCGUUCAUCGAGUUUGACCCUGAACCUACAUUGCAGUCAAAUGUGAAAACAAAGAGGAAGUAUCGUGGUUUAGCCUUCCUGAACCCUGCACAACUGGUGGCAGGAAGAUUUGACGGUCCUACUUCUGUUGACUUACUGGAUAUGGGAGGGAAUGUACUGAAAUCAAUCAGCACAGGUGUGAUAGGUAAUCCACGAUAUAUUCAUGUUACGAGGAAAAACAACGUGGUAGUCAGUGAAGCGUCAGUAACAUCCCUGAUAUCUGUGACUAUUGACGGGCAAGCUGUUUUCACCUUCACACCCAGAGGAGACAGGGCUCUGGAAUAUCCUUGUGGCAUCACCACAACCAGCACUGGAGACAUCCUGUUAGUAGACAGACACUCCCUCAAGGUUAUUCAGUUGACAGAGUCGGGGCAGUUUGUCAGAGACGUUCUCACACCAUGUGAUGACCUAUGGUACCCCACUGGUAUCUGUCUGGAUGAUGACGGUCUGUUGUAUGUCACGUCAGGCGGGUAUGUGAAAGUAUUUGGCUGUGAAUAGUCUAUGUAUGUAUGAAUGUCUGUCUGUCUGUC